CACUGGUCGGUGCGCCUGGGAUCAAAGUAAGCCCGUGAGGGUGUGUUGGGACUUGUCUGAACGGUGAAACACUGCUAGGACAAGUGCCGAGGUCACGAGCUCCAACAUCCAGCAUCCUAACCCCAGAAACAUGGCCAAAGGCAUCGAGCCUGAUGCUGCCGUGCCGUUUUACUACCGCCAUGUGGGCAAGAAUGUGCUGCUGCUGGCGCUGAGCGCGGUGCUUGCUCCUCUCUCGGCCGCUUUGGUCCUGCUGGGGCUUGCUGUGACGAAGCUCCACGGACAGCGCACGGCAACAUUCACCAGAGAGGACAGGAGACAUGUUGCAGCAACACGGAGGCGCAAGACGAUUCUCGUCACGGGCGUGUCCAUGACAAAAGGCUUGACUAUUGCUCGAAAUUUGGCCCAGCAUACACCGCAUCGCAUCAUUGGUGCCGACAUAUCCACUUUCUCUCCAGGCCGAUUCUCAACCGCAAUAUCAAAGUACUUUCGUCUGCAGACACCCAUUGGUGACGAUGCAGAGCCAUACAUCGACUCCCUCCUCUCCAUUAUCCAGAAUGAAAAGGUCGACUUGUGGAUCUCCUGUUCCAGUGUUAUUGCAGCAGUCGAAGACGGACAGGUUGUCCGUCUAGCAGAGAUACAAGCACGAGAGCGCGGACGUCCGUUUGAAGCCAUCCAAUUCCGUGAAGAUGUCGUUGAAAAGUUUCACGAAAAGGACAAGUGUAUUGACUACAUUGAGUCACUCGGUCUCCCGGUUCCGGAAUCCCAUCGCUGCACAGACGCAAACGAGGCGCUUGAUGUGCUCAUGAGAGAACUGCACAGAACCCCUACAAAAGGAAAAAAAGACAGCCGCCAAAAAUUCAUCAUGAAACCAAUUGGAGUGGACGACAAGGCCAGGAACAACAUGAUGACUUUGCUCCCUUUCCAGACGACAACCGCAACAGCCGACUACAUCCACUCGCUCAACAUCAGCAAAGACAACCCCUUCCAGCUCCAGCAAUACAUCAAAGGAAACGAAUACUGCACUCAUGCCCUCGUCGUCCGCGGAAAAGUAAAAGCCUUCACCAGCUGUCCCAGUCUCGAGCUCCUGAUGCACUACAAAGCGCUCCCCCCCUCCUCCCCCCUAAGCCAAAAAAUGCUCGCCUUCACUGAGCGUGUCUGCGCAGAAGGCGGCCCAAACUUCACCGGCCACUUGAGUUUCGACUUCCUCGUCGAAAACGACGACAGAGGCGCCGACGCAAAAUUCUACCCCAUCGAAUCCAACCCCCGUGCUCACACCGCGGUCGUGCUCUUCGAACAAACACCCGAAUUGGCAGAUGCCUAUCUCUCCAUCUUCAACUCCCCUUCUUCUUCUUCUUCUUCUUCUUCAUCUUCCAAGCCAGAUGCACUACCCCCAGUCUUCCCGCGCACGCCCACAAAAUCUUACUAUUGGCUCGGCCACGACCUCGUCGCCCUCGGUAUCCUGCCUCUUCUCGACACUCUUUGGGGUGCUAAAUCCCCACAACACGCUCUCACUGAUUUAUUGACGUUCGUCAAGCACAUUGCUUCGUGGAAAGACGGAACCUACACGUUUGAAGAUCCUGUACCAUUUUUCAUCUUGUACCAUGUUUAUUGGCCUGCAAAGUUUGUGCAAGCAUUGAGUGAGGGUAGGGUGUGGAGUCGCGUUAACGUUAGUACGACUAAGAUGUUUGAGGGGUAGGCUGGUUGCGUGAGAUUAUACGACACGUGAGAUAAUACGACACGUGAGAUUAUACGACGGGCUGGGGCCAGGGGACGAUGGGGGAGAGCGCAAACGUAUUGCGAUGAAUGUGCC